AUGUCAGCUGUUCCAGAAGCUGCAGUCACAUUUCUGCUGCAGAACAUUAGCCAAGUGGUCGCAUACUAUGGCAGUUUGAUCGGCAAUGCAAGGAGCAACGUUUUCGAGUUGCAACGACAACUGGAGGAGCUGAAACGGGUGAUGAAUGACUUCUCAAAGUAUGAUCAUGACAGCGAUGUGGUGAAAGGCGUGGUGAAGGACAUCAGGGACAUAAUCUAUGAAGCAGAGGAUGCAGUUGACACCUUUGUGCUUGUUGUGGCAGCCCAGAAAGCAAGGAAUUGGGUUGAAAAGCUUUACCACAAAGCAACUGUUUAUCCAAGGCAACUUGUCCGGAUCGGGGAAUCCAUGAAAAUCAUCAGUGAAAAAAUUCAGAGGAUUCAGGAUAAAGGGAUCCAGGAUGGUCUUCAGCUCCUUCACCAUCAAGCCAUCCUCAAACUUUCUCAACCUGAUGAUGACUCCGCCUUUUCUGAGGGUGAAGUCAAGGAACCAGAAGUUGAACAGGAAAAUGUGAUUGGUUUUGAUGAGGCAGCCCAAACAGUUCAAGAACUCCUCACGGAGGGAGCUGAAAAGCUUGAAGUGAUCUCAAUAGUUGGAAUGUUAGGACUGGGGAAAACCACAUUGGCUACGAAAGUUUUCAAGGACUCGAAGGUUGAUUACGAGUUCAUGAUCCGGAAAUUUGUCUAUGUUUCAAGGGAAUAUAAGAAAAAAGAAGUGUUGCUCAAGAUGUUGGAGUCUGUAACAGAUGUUAAUGAAAACAUGAGAGAUCUGAAAUUGGAACAAUAUCGUCGCCUUUGCAUCAACAAUAUCAAUGUUAUGGACUAUCUCUCUGGAAGGAACCUCUCUGGUAAGCGUGUUCGUUCUUUCCUAACUUUUGUGGAGCGUGAAACGCUUGUUGAUCCAAAAUAUAUACCUCGAAUCCCAGCAAUCUUCAAGCUUCUCAGAGUAUUGGAAGCUCAAUCACUCAUUUUUGCUCGUUGUCCUGAUAUAAGUGAAGUCUUCGAGUGGUCUCCCAAACUCAGAAAACUAGGCAUCCGUGGCAAGGUAGCCACACUUUUCAACACAAGCGGUCACUCAGAAGUCUUUGGCUAUCUCAGAAGGUUAAACUACUUUCGGAAUCUGAAGCUACUGAAUGAUGUUGUGGACUCCCCAUUGAGCAGUCUUCCUAUGGAGAGAUGCUUUCCCCAAAAGCUGAUGAGACUAACUCUGGAAAAGACUCUUUUGGAAUGGAAAGAGAUGUCCAUAUUAGGCAAGCUUGAAUUUCUGGAGGUUCUCAAGCUGAAAGAGUAUGCAUUUAAAGGAAUGCGUUGGGAUGCCGAAAAGGAUGGUUUCAAGAAUCUCAAACACCUGCACAUUGGGCGCACUGAUUUGGUUCUGUGGGUCUGGGAGUCUCAAGGUGAGCAUUUUCAAAAUCUCGGAAGUCUUCAGCUUAUGGGAUGCUUUAAACUUGAGGAUUUGCCCAAAGGGUUGGCUGAUAUUCACCACCUGCAGUCAAUAACUCUCCACUCUUCCAAUUCUAAAGCAGCAGCCAAAGCCAGGAAGAUUCAAGUGUUGAAACUGGAAGCGCAGCAGAAACAUGAAAACGCCAACAAAAGCUUUACCAACCUUAAGCUAUCUAUUUAUCCACCAGACUGUUGA